UCAUUUCACUUUUACUAAAUUAUUCAUGCCAAUUUCCCUUCCCCAACAGUAAGCUCUACAAAAGGCCUGUGUCCAGGAUUUGCUCCCAAGGGCUCAGCACCAAGCUCAGCGUGUGAUGUGCACUCAAGGUGUGCCCGUGGGAUGGAGGGACGCCCUAGGGUGCAAAGAAAGAGGAGGGAAGACGGACUGCAGACCGGAGCUGGUGACUGACUUGCCGGCCUCCGGUGUGGCCUGUGCCACGGUGGGAGCUGGGGAAGUGAGAGGGGUGUGGGCAAUGGCACAGCCACCCUCGGGCAGACCCCCGCGGUUUUCCCUUGUGCUGUACUGGCUCUAGACAGGGCCCUUCUCCAGUGCUUCCAACACCUGAGGAGCAGCCCCACCUUAAAUCCCCUCUGCUUGGAAUCCCCUCUGCUGGGAAUACCUGCAGUGGUUGCUCUUUACCUAACCCGCAGGUCAACAGCACACUGGUUACUUUGUCCACAUUCCAGGCAGUGCGCCAGACGCAGCCUGUGGGGGAGCAAGGGAAGGGCAGACACAAGCCUUGCUCUCAAGCAGCUCCCAGUCCAACAGGAAUGAGAAAAUGAGCCUCAGCAUCCUGGGCAGGGCAUUCCCGGGCCUUUCCUGCAGCAAGGCACACCACAGCCACCGCGAGCCCCAGCGGGGGACGGACACUGAGCCCCCACCACGACCCAGGCCCUGUGGGACACCCCCAGGACAGCAGUCCACAGCCUCUGGGCUAUCCAGCCCCUGGCAGAGACUGCGUUCGGGCCUCAGUUCUGUCACCGGUGAAAUGGGCGUCACCUGGCCGUGCUCUGAUCUGAGAUCCUGGAGAAGCACUGCCUGCCUGGGACGGGCCUGUCGGGCGGGGUCUGCGGGAGGUGGUAACUGCAGCACCACAGCCGCUUCGCGCAGCACCUGGCCUGCAGCAGGCCCCGGCGAAUGUCACCCACUGCUCCCCGCGGUAACGGGGCUCACAGAAGACUCUCGGGGACAGGACAAGGCAGGCCCCCAUGGCUGCUCUCCACUGGGGCUGCUGGGUGUGGGGUGGGCCCAGGCUGGAGGCCUCGCUUGCCUCGGAGAUAUGUCCUUAAGGCUUCAGGGGGCUUCGGGGGAAAGUCCUCCAGCAGGCCUCGGCCCCGGUAAGACAAGCUUGUAGGCCUCCGCAGAGGAAGGCCAGUGCUGCCCACCCCGACUCGGCCUCAGCUGCCUCCUUGGGACCCUCCCAAAGGACGAGCAGUGCAGUUGAAACUGUUGCUGGUGUGCGUUUGCCUUUCGCCUUCCUCGUGUCCGCAGAAACCCCGCUGCCCUUGCUUGGCUCGCCCCCCACGCCCAGCUUCCGUGAAGGCCUUUCGUGUUCAGCCACAUCCAGGGUGGCCCACAGGGGCCUCAGCCUGGCUCCAGCAUUUGGGGGUUCUCACCACAUAGAGUGGGCCCCAUGCAGGGAAGGGCUGGUUCCAGCAAGACCUUCUCAGGACAGGAAGGUCCCAGGGACGGAAGGAAGGACACGGGCAUUCCCUUUGAGGGCACAAUGCUAGCGCAAUUCUAGAACCCUCCGCUCUAGAACCUGCCCCUGCUUUCCUGGAGCCUGCCCCCCCCCCGCCCCCGCACCAGUCCCUGACUGUGUCAGGCCCCACCCUGAGCUCUCAGCCUCGGUCAUUCCCCGGUCUCUGCCUUAGUCCCAGCAAGACUUCCAAAACGUGGCUGCAGCCCCGAGGGGGCACAGGUCCCACCUGGCCUCCUGUGGCCCUAUCCCCGCUGCCCCUUUGACCUAAGUCAGGCCUCAGCCACACACCCCACCCCCUCCCAAGAGCCCGCAUUGAGUGGGACAGCCCUGGCCCCUUCUGCGGUGCCCUGCUCUCCAUGAAGGGCAGCGGCAGGCGGAAACUGGACCAGCAGACCUUCAUGGCGCAGGCGCGUGAGUGCAGGGACAAGGGCUACCUGCUCUCUGCCAAGAAGAUUGGCUCCGGGGCCUUCUCCAAAGUCUACCUGGCCCACGCCACACAGGAGCGCAUGCAGCACAACCCCAAGCUGGCCUCUGACCUGCAAGGCAAGCGCCACACCAUGGUGGCUAUCAAGGUCAUUUCCACCGCUGAGGCCCCUGUGGAGCUCUCCUGCAAGUUCCUGCCCCGUGAGAUCUCGUCACUCAACGCUACCUACAAGCACCUGAAUGUGGUGCAGCUUUAUGAGACCUAUCACAACAGCCAGCGCGCCUACUUGGUGCUGGAGCUGGCAGGCGGUGGCGACCUGCUGGAGCACAUCAACUCGGUGUCGGACCACCGCUGCUGCCCGGGGCUGGGGGAGAAGGAGGCUCGCAGGCUGUUCCGGCAGCUGGUCAGUGCAGUAGCCCACUGCCACAGUGCCGGCAUCGUGCACCGGGACCUAAAAUGUGAGAACAUCCUGCUGGAUGACCGAGGCCUCCUGAAGCUGACGGACUUCGGCUUCGCCAGCCAGUCGGGGGUCAAGAAAGCACUGCUGAGCACCUUCUGCGGCUCCAUGGCCUACACCGCCCCUGAGAUCCUCAUGAGCAAGAAGUAUAGUGGGGAGCAGGCCGACCUGUGGAGCCUAGGUGUCAUCCUUUAUGCCAUGGUGACCGGGAAGCUGCCCUUCAAGGAAUGCAGGCCCCACCGCAUGCUGCUCCUGAUGCGCCGUGGCCCCACCUUCCCACCUGGCCUGUCCCCAGAGUGCCAGGACCUGAUCCGGGCCCUGCUCCAGCUGCGCCCGCAUGCGCGCCUGGACCUGCAGCAGGCAGCCAGGCACCGCUGGACGCGGCCCACUGGGCAUGCGCCCUUCUGCACCAUGCUCAGCACCUCGCCAGUAGAGAAUCCAGGGGAGCCCAGAGAGGACUCAGAGCCACCAAGGUCACUCCUGCAGCUGCGUCGCCCCCAGCAGCUGGGAACCCCCAAGAGCACCUCUGGCCCAGCGCCAGAGCCCCCAGAUGCCAGCCGGAGCAGAGGUGGGGGCUCUGCCAGGCUGGGUCUCCAAAGCAUCACGAUGGCCAACCUGGGCGUGGGCGCCUCACGGCAGCCUCCUCCGCUGUGCUCCAGGAGCACCACCCAGAAUGUGCUGGGGCUCUACCAGGUCAACUGA